UCAAUGUUUUCACUGUGUCCUGAUUGGCCGGCGGAGACCAAGCCUUAGCAACGUCUCUUUGUGUGGUGAUUGGUGCUUGGCAACCAUGUGAUAUCGCUUUAAGAUGUUGCUUGGAGUAACUUGUGUUUGCAGCCAUGGAGGAGAGCUGAUUUGUGCUGAAGAUUUGUCUCACACACAGAAGCGAAAGUCUCCGGAGGACGCGUACACAUCUACUUAUAGGAACUACUUUACAAACUGCGCUCUCUUCCACUUUGGGACAUUUCUGAGUGUUUGACUGAAGAACUGGAACUUGUUUUGGAACGUGUAAUGACGUUUCAGUGAUUAUUCUACCACGAGCAAAUCUGCAGAACUCCUGCCAAGAAGUUGUGUCUUGGUGUGUGGCCACCGGGAAUAGCUUAUUUUUUCUUUAUUUUAUUUUUUUUGGUUGUGUUUUGUCACUUGCGAGUGUCGAUUAAUCUUGAUCGCAUUACACAUUCCACUAUUCUUUCGACUUUGUUUAAAAUGGCAGAUGAUAAUGAACUUAUCGGGGCUUCAGAAUUUAUUAAAGAUCGAUUGUAUUUUGCAACCCUAAGAAACAAGCCAAAAAGCACAGUAAACACGCAUUAUCUCUGCACAGAUGACGAAUUUGUGUAUGAAAACUUUUAUGCAGACUUUGGACCCCUCAACUUGGCAAUGUUAUACAGAUACUGCUGUAAACUCAACAAGAAACUCAAAUCUUUUACGUUGUCAAGAAAGAGGAUUGUCCAUUACACCAGCUUCGACCAACGCAAAAGAGUGAACGCUGCAGUUUUAAUUGGUGCCUAUGCUGUUAUAUAUUUAAAGAAGACUCCAGAGGAAGCCUACAGAGCGCUGGUCUCCGGAUCCAAUGCGUCGUAUCUGCCAUUCAGGGAUGCUUCCUUUGGAAAUUGCACAUACAACCUAACUGUUCUUGAUUGUUUACAAGGAGUCAGAAAGGCCCUGCAGCACGGCUUCUUUGAUUUUGAAACUUUUGAUGUGGAUGAAUAUGAGCAUUAUGAACGUGUAGAAAACGGAGAUUUCAACUGGAUUGUACCAGGGAAGUUCUUGGCUUUUAGUGGACCUCAUCCCAAAAGCAAAAUUGAACAUGGGUACCCCCUCCAUGCUCCUGAAGCCUACUUUCCCUACUUCCGAAAGCAUAACGUCACCACCAUCAUCCGGCUCAACAAGAAGAUUUAUGACGCCAGUCGCUUUACAGAUGCCGGGUUUGACCACUAUGACCUGUUCUUCAUUGACGGGAGUACGCCCAGUGAUGUCAUCAUGAGAAGGUUUUUACACAUCUGUGAAAGUACGGAUGGUGCUGUUGCAGUACAUUGUAAAGCUGGCCUGGGGAGAACAGGGACAUUAAUAGCUUGCUAUCUAAUGAAGCACUACAAGUUCACAGCUGCAGAGACCAUUGCAUGGAUCAGGACAUGUCGACCCGGGUCUAUCAUUGGACCACAGCAGCACUUUCUAGAGGAGAAACAAGCCAGCCUCAGUGUCCAGGGUGACAUCCACAGGUCUAAGCAGAAGCAGAGGCAGCUGGAUGCGGGCAGGGUCUCCCACAUCAUCUCCAGCAUGGACGAUAUCUCCAUCAGCGGGAGCCUUUACAAAACACAGAGCAUGGACCAGGUGCAAGAGAAUGAAUAUGCUGAGGACAGGGUUUCAGUGACCCAAGGAGAUGAACUUCGUGCCUUAAAAAGUAGAAGACAACCCCGAUCGGCCACAACUGGUGCACUAAGGUUAGACGAGAUGAAAAUGCAUACUCGGUCUCCCUCACAGCCCUUCAGACUCAAUACCUCCACGAGUGCCCAGGGUUCCAUGUCUCCUCUCAAGUCUUCGAAAGUCCCAGCCUCCAGCUCAGCCACCGCUAAGAGAAUAAGCAGAAGCACGACUGCAGGGUCCAACCUGAAAAGCUUCUCCAUAAACUCCAGGCUAGCCAGUUCCCUAGGUAACAUCUAUGCUGCUGAUGAUGACUCUGGGAGUAAAAUGACAGCGUCCACUACUUCUUCUUCAUCACCAUCUUCCGCUACUAGGACGGGUUUCCCCACUAGCCAUUCCAGUUAUUCAAAUGGCAGCUCCCAGCCGGCUCCUAGACAUUAUCACGAGCUGAACAACAACCAUUACAAUCGUUCCACCACCAGCAACUCCCACUCCAGCAGCACCAGCAAAAGUGUCCUCAACCACAACAACCACCUCCAUUACCCCUCCAGCAGGCAGCUAGACGAAUACGGCACCUACCGCUCCACGAACACUGGCCUCAGUUCUUCUACAGCCCGAUACUUGAGUCGCUCGAUCCCUUCCCUUCAGUCUGAAUACGUUCAAUACUAAAGCUUCUCUGCUGCGCUGAAGUCAAAGCGAACGACACUCGAGGAGCAUGGUCGCCUGAUUCCUGCAAAUUCAGAAAAGUAUUCCCCCAAUCCCAUUUUAUUCAACCCUUCCAAGGAAAUAAAAGGACUGCUGCACAUUUUAUGGAUGCUUUUCCUAUUCAGCCUUGAGGGGGGAAAAUGGCACUGAAUAAAACAGCUGCCAUACUGUGUGUAUUCCUGGUCUGCACAGGGUAGCCUUGCUGAGGCAGUGCUGUCAUGGUUUUUUCAAAAACAACAUCUUCAGCAAACCUGCAGUGUAAAUCACAGGGCUGUUAUAACCUGCUAAGAGUGCAAACAUGACGUAGUGACUUUAUUUUAUCACAUACAGAGGCUAUUUAAAAUAUAUAUAUAUAUAUAUAUUUUUUGCUAAAUGAAAUGGCAUGAAAAGUGUUUUCACAUUAACUGUAUAUGGACUUUUUUUCUUUAUUUUUAUGAUAUAUUAGAAUGUGUAUAAAUGAAUGGGAAGAACUGUAGAUCUGUUUUUAAUCUUUUACAUUUUCGUUGGAAUCUAACUAAUAUUUGCUGUUUUUAGAUUUGCUUUGAAACCAACAUAUUCAACUAUUGAGCAGUGUGGAGUAGGGGUUAGGGCUCUGGACUCUUGACCAGAGGGUCAUGGGUUCAGUCCCAGGUGGGGGACACUACUGCUGUACCCUUGAGCAAGGUACUUUACCUAGAUUGCUCCAGUAAAAACCCAACUGUAUAAAUAGGUAAUUGUAUGUAAAAAAAUAAUGUGUAAAAAAUAAUGUAAUUGUAUGUAAAAAUAAUGUGAUAUCUUGUAACAAUUGUAAGUCGCUCUGGAUAAGGGCGUCUGCAAAGAAAUAAAUAAUAAUAAUAAUAAUAAUAAUAAUAAUAAUAAUAAAAUGUUUGUUUUAGAUAACUCCAAAAAAGGGAAUGUAUGAAUUGCAGACGCUAUUUGGGAGUUUAUCCCAAUAAGCUUCGUUAAGCUCUUGAGUCUGUACAAGUGGCUAAUGUUACUUGUAAAUACAGCUUCUUCCUUUUGUGUGAAAUACUGGCACAGUAUACUUAAUUAGUUUAAAUCAAGACAAUGUUUAAAUGAAUAGCAUAUUCUGUACAGAGUAUAAUAAGCACUUUCUUAACAGUAAUAAUAAUUGGCCAAAUUUGUUUUAUAAAAAAAGGAAGUGGUUAACAGUGAGGUCUAUUCAAUUGAGCCAAGCAGUGGCCAAACCCCACAGUUUAAAUCAUUAAAAGAAGGGGACUUUGACAUAAACAAAAUCUCUAAUAGUGUCGCAAGUUUAUUUUUGUCUUUUAAAAAUAGGUACAGUUUUGUCCUAGUUUUAAUAUUAGAACAGUGGCCGUUUUUAGAUCUGUGACUGUUUGGCCAAUUGAGUAGACCCCCAUGUGGGUUUCUUACUGUGUUAAUAAAGGGAUCAUGCAAACUGGUGCAGAAGACAAAAAAAAAUAAAAUAAAUAAAAGAUUCUAUAUGGCUGGUUUCGUAGACCCUGAUUGGCCCUGAUUACCUAAUGUUACCUUCGCCCAUGAUUAGUGCCAGUCAGGGUCAGUGAAACCGGAUAAUAGAAACUUAAACUUAUCCACUUUGUAAUGGGCCAGAGCUAAUAAACACAAAGGGCAGUUUUACACAGUUUAAUUUUAUUACCCAAUAAAUGUAGGGCUCAAAUGUUUGCCUAUAUUGUUUACUAGGUUAGUAUUAGAAUCCCCCCAACCUCUCCCCUCUCAAAUGGCCUUCAUACACAUCAAUAUGGUCCAGUGUGUGUCACUGGUUCAGCACCCUCAGCAGAGUUCCCUUACUGUCAGUGCAGCUAAUACACAUCCCUCAAAUACAAGGGACAUGCUUUGGGUUGUUAGCUUCAUUCUUUGACAUGCAGAAAAAUAAUCCUUCAAAACUGUAAAGGAGACUCCCACCCUGCUAGGAAAAGGACGCUGCAAUUGACGGGUCCUGGUAUAACUUGACUUCCAGCAUUUUUGGAUUCAUCCCAUUUUUUCCUCAAAUAUCAUGGAAAAAUACAGUAAAGACAGGCUUCCUGGAGAAAAUAGUGGGAGUUUCAAGUUAUUCCAGUACACCACCAGAAUUAUAGAGCCAUUAAUGGUUUGAAUUUGUUUAAAUAAAAAAAAGUAGGUAGUUUUAAUAGUCUAUAAAUAAUGACAUGAAAAAAAAUAUGACAAAACAAACAAUUAUAAUGAAAAGCGUUUGACUAUAUGCGGUAUCCAAUUCUGUAGAAACUCCCCCAAAUGGGUGUUUAUAUCAUUUGUUUAUGAAACUUUAAAAUGAAAAUAAGUCAUGUUUAUUAUUUAGAGUGUAACCCAGUUUUAAUUAUUAUUUGAUUAUUUGCAAGCUGUGGUUUAAUACUAUACUGAAUCUAAUUUGGGUCCAGCUACUGAAUAAAAAUAAAAGUAAUCACUGUGACGAUCGGGAACGUAUAUUAAUAUACUGUACAUUCCAAACAAAGGUGUUCUCAGAGUGUGUGUGUGUGUGUGUAUACAAAUAUAUAUGUAAUGGGAGAGUCUCUAAUGAUGAGAUCAUUCUACCUCUUGAAAAUGUACUGAAAAUAUCAGCUGUAAAAGUACAUAUAUUUUUUCUGCAGUGUGUAUAACUUCAUUACUAUAGAUCAGUAUUUUACUGUCCUUUUUUUAAAAAAAAAAAUUGUAAACAAAUUUGCAAAGGAAAUCAUUAAAUAAACAGUGAAUUGAG